UAUAAAACAAAUAUACUCAAAAAAAUGCCACCCAAGAGAAAAGCUGCUUCAACUUCUGAAGAUUCAUCACUAACUAAAAAGGCGAAGGUUAACAGAACAACAGCUGCUGGGAAGAAGAAAUCAAUCAGCCAAAAGCCAAAACAAAAUAAGAAAAAUGCACAAUCCAAAUCAAAAGGAAUUAAGGCAAAAUCUAUACCCAAAGUAUUGAAGGGAAAAUCCAAACCAAAACAAAUAAAGGCAAAGUCCAAAGCAAAGGACAGAAAGACUGAAAAUAAUGUUACAAAUACAAACUCCUCAGCUAAAAGUUAUACUACAGGUAAACAUUCUGUCUUGAACUUAGUUUCCUACAUUAAAGAUGCUGGGUGGGCAUCAGCAUUGAAAGAUGAAUUUCAAAAGGAUUAUUUUAAAGAUUUAGAAGUUCUCUUACAGAAAGACUAUAAAAAAGGUGUACAAAUUUUCCCACCAAAAGAUUUGAUAUUUAAUGCUUUCAACAAGACACCACUUGACGAGGUGAAAGUUGUUAUAUUAGGACAAGAUCCUUACCAUGAUGAUGGACAGGCUAUGGGUAUGUCUUUCUCUGUACCAGAUGGUAUGCGACUUCCACCUUCACUGAAGAACAUUUACAAAGAGUUGUUGAAUGAUCAAAAUAUAAAGAACUUUAAUGUAGAACCCACCACUGGAUGUCUAGAGAAGUGGGCUGAGAGAGGUGUAUUGUUGAUAAAUGCUACCCUCACAGUAGAAGCUCACAAACCAAAUUCUCAUGCCAAGUAUGGAUGGCAAACCUUUACAGAUGAUGUCAUCAGAAUUAUCAGCAGUAAAUGUUCAGGUGUUGUGUUUGUUCUCUGGGGAAACUUUGCUCAUAAGAAGGAGAAACUGAUUGAUUCAUCUAGACAUUCUGUGAUAAAAACAGCUCAUCCUUCACCACUCUCAUUCAGUAAAUGGCUAGGAUGUAAAUGUUUUUCUAAUGUAAAUGCACAACUGAAGAAAUGGAAUAAAGAAGAAAUAAAUUGGACACUGUGAUUUUAUAAUAUUAAUUUGAGGGAUAUUUAAUUUAAGAAUUUUGUAAUUUAUUUGUUAGAUAUACGAGAAUAUUUGUGCCAUAUCAAUACAUAUAGUUUGUUUAUUUAUGUAAUGUGAUGGAUUGCUAUGAGAUAUGACAUAACAUUUAAUCUUAUAAUUCUGUUAAUUUAAGUUAAUAGUUUAUGACAAACUAUUACAUUUACAAUCGCCAUUGUACUACAUUGUUUUUUUCUGUUAAGCUUAUAUGUAUGUAUUUAUUUAAUUAAUUAUUGACCAGUUUUUAAGAUUUUUCGUCAAUAUAAUUUCAUAGGCGGACCCACAUGGGGCCCUGGGGGGAGGUGGGGUUUCGGUCCCCCUCUUUUGUGGGAAAAUUUGGUUGAUUAUAUAGGGAAUCACUGAAGCAUGACCGUACCGGGCCCCCCUUAUGAAAAGUUCUGGAUCCGCCACUGAAUUUAGAAUAUAUUAAGAUUACUCUGAGUGAUUAAAAAUCAUAAUUUGUUAAAGAUUAUAACUGAAAAAUAAUUUUAAUAUGAUAUAUGGAAAACACUGAUUAUUUAAUAGAUUUGUUUGACUAAAUUGCUAAAAAAAAAAAGGGGUGAUUUUCCCCUUUUGAAUGAUUUAUAUAGUGAUAUUAUUUUAGUUUUUUGGUUCUUUGAUUGCAUUACUUUGCUAUUUUUUGGUUCUGUACUGAUGCAUAAAAUUACAAAUUAUCUUCAUAAAGAGUGUUUUUCUUUAAGGGAGGUAACUCAUAAUCAUUUAGUCUAAUUUAGCUUCUGGUUAUCUAUAACAGAGAAAUAUUUUUAUACAAUUUUUCCAUUCCAAACUAUGAAUGAUAGAUGAAACAUUUUGUCUGAUACUGGGUUAUAAAUUAGAGAUUUAUAUACACUGUUUAUAUAGCAGUUUUCAAUUAACAUUCUUUUCAAUAGUUUGUUAUUAUGUUUUUUUCAAAUUUACAUUAUUUGUUAUAAAUUUUUGUCUUUUCGUGUAUACAAACUUUAUAAUAAGAAUGUUGAUUUUUUUUUCUCUAUUUUUGUAUACAGUUUUUUAUUUGAUUUAUUUCUGAUUAAGUUAUCUCUAUUUAAAGUCAUAUGAGAAAUUUUGAGUUUGUCGAAACUAUUUAAUCAAUGCAUCCAUAUAUUUACUACAUUUGUUAAGUCUUGCAUGCAUGUUUUUCUGCCCCUGCUGUAGGGGAUGGGGCAUUAAGUUUUACCCUGGUUGUCUGUACAUCUGUUCUGUAUGUUUCUAAAGUUGUUUUCCGUUCUCUAACCAAUUACUGCAUACAGGAAUUCGUUGGCAAAUUAAUGUCUUGGAAGCCAAUAAUUAAAUAUCAGUACAUUUAUGAAAAUUUUUAUCAUAUAAAGUGUAUUCUUUUUUAAAAAAAAGUGCUUCAAUGUUUAAGAGUAAAACUUAGUUAUUCAAGUCUAUAAAACAUCUAACUUUUUUUUCAAACUUGAGGUUUCAUAUUACUUGGAGAGCUUUGUUUUAUUUUAUUGAUACUAUUGAUAAAUUUUACACAUUAAUACAAUCAUAU